UUUUCGCGCACUCUACGCUCGCGACCGUUCGCGUCCAUCACACCCGUUCCGCCGUACGUUCCCGUAGGACGGCAUCGCGCCCCACUCCCAUCCCUCAGACGUUCGCCCGCGCCGCAGUCCAGUGCUUUCUGUCGACGACUGCCGAAAACGACAACAACGAUAUUAUUUAUCCGUCGUUUUCACAUUUCUCCCGGUCCGGUGCGCUGUUUACCCGCACGGCAUUGGAAACAUCACAAUAAUUUGAUAUCGCACCGUUCGUCAGUCCGUCCGUCGCGUUUGUUGGUUGCCCGUUACUCGGCGAGUAUUCCGCGCGGCAGGCGCGCGCCGAACAUUUUCGAAUAGGAUCGACGUCGUUCCGGUUGACAUGUCGGGCCCGACCCUCAAGAGACUUUCGCCGCUGCCGUCAUCUGCAUUGUUGCUUGUCACGCUGUUGUUUCAAGUGACAAUAACUACAGUUUCUGGCCAAGAUGACAUUGAUAGAGUAAUUUCGGAAGUGUUUCCAACACCACCACCUUCACCGCCGCCAUCAGAUCAAUGUAUAUGUGUACCAUAUUAUUUGUGCAGAAACCAGACGAUUAAUACAGAUGGCGAAGGAUUAAUAGACAUUAGGUUUAAAGAAGGUCCGUGUCCUGAUUAUUUGAAGGUGUGCUGUUACGACCCUAUGAAAUCAUCAGAGAUUACAAAUCUAUCUUACAAGGAGAAGCGUACGACCUGUGGUCAUAGGAACGCUGCUGGCGUAGGAUUUAGAAUAACUGGAAAUUCCCAUAACGAAGCACAAUUCGGUGAGUUCCCCUGGAUGAUGGCGAUUCUCAAAUUAAAUCCAUACAACCAAUCGAAAACUUACCUGUGUGGUGGUUCACUGAUUCACCCACAAGUAGUGUUGACUGCAGUUCAUUGUAUACACGGCAAAGAUCCAAAUGAUUUAAUAAUUCGCGCUGGUGAAUGGGAUUCACAAACGGAAAACGAACUGUUACCAUCACAAGACGGCCAGGUUUUGAAAAUAAUCAAACACGAAAAAUACUACGGUGGUGCACUUUACAACGACGUGGCACUAAUCAUUGUUACCCAGCCGUUCUUACUCAGAGAAAAUGUAGGCACUCUCUGUUUGCCCAAUCAGAAUUACGUGUUCUCUAAAGAAAGAUGCUAUGCCAGUGGUUGGGGUAAAAAUAUAUUCGGUAAAGCUGGUGAAUAUCAAGUCAUUUUGAAAAGCAUAGAUUUGCCGAUCGUACCACGUGAUCCGUGUUUAGAUCUGUUAAGAAAGACAAGGUUGGGUCAAAAUUACAAAUUGCAUGAGAGUUUCAUUUGUGCCGGUGGAGAAAUAGGCAAAGAUACUUGUCAAGGUGAUGGUGGCAGUCCUCUGGUGUGUCCUCUUGAUAAUAAUCCCGAACAAUAUCAUCAGGCCGGCAUCGUAGCAUGGGGAAUCGGAUGCGGCGACGAGACACCUGGCAUAUACGUGGACGUAGCUUUGUUCAAAAACUGGAUCGAUGAGCAGAUGGCUAGGGAGAAUUUUGACACGAGCUACUAUGAUCCGAACUACAUUCCGGAGAACUAAAUUUUCUUUAUGUCUCUCUCCUUUGCAGACACUCAUGUACCCUCCGCUCUCUCUCUCUUUCUCUUAGGAUUUUUUUUAUAUCUUUGUAUGUCACCGCGCAAUCCGUCGAAUGAAGCUAAAAUUGUCUAAGUUAGGAUGCAAUCGUGUUGGAGUAUAUUAGUGUGUCAAGUGUAUUAUCAUCAUCAUUAUUAUUAUUAAUAUUAUUAUUUGUAUUAUUAUUAUUAUUAUUGCAAUAAUUGUAAUUAUUACUUAUCACUGUCAAACAAAAAAUUUCGUAUAACGAGUUAUUAUUCACAUACAAUCUAUUAUAGUUUAUACUUAAUUGUUCAGUUGUAAUACCCAUUUUUUGAAAAUAAAUGACAGCAAGAGAAUCACAAUACAAUAUAUUAUAGUAUUAUUGAUAAAUUAUUUUAAACGUGAUAUUUCAAAACAGUUAAACAUCUAACUAGAAUACUCGAUCGCAAUGCUCUGCAGUUUUGAUAGGCCUCAUUAAUUUAUGAUACAUGAUAUUAUUUAUCUACCCUUUAUAAGCCUUUUUUUAUACAUCGACAUAUAUAGUCGUUAUUCGCUAGACGUUAUUAUGAACCGAUCUGAUUUUUAAAAAAUAUUAUAGUUUAAUAAUGCAAGAAUAAAUUAUCCACAGUUAUAUUAUUAUAUUAUUUAUAU